GUUAAAUUGUUCAGCCGGGGAGUUUGAAACCCUCCGUAAUCAGCUGACUAUGUCCGGCGACAACAAGAACCAAAAUGAGGUGGAGGUUAUGGAGUACACAACUGUUAAAGCUAGCUAUGAGUCACUAAACAAGCGGUACAGACGCAAUCACCGAGACAUGGAGAAAGGCAUAGCUGCUUUAAAUAAGUCACUUGACGAGUUGGAAAACGCAACAGAUAUCACAAAAGCUACAGCAGCACUUAGCAGAGUUCUAGAAACCGUUUGUGGCGUGAAACGCAAAGCUGAAUUUGUAUGUAUUGAAGAAAGGAAGCUUUUGAAAUCAUGUAAACGCAGAAUAGGACACCUUAGUCAACUGUGUUUGCUUGAUAGUGGGAUGUUUACCCGGGCCUCAGAUGAGCUACAUUUCAACGCUAGUAGUAAUCAAAAGUCUGAAGAAUCAAUUUCUAAAGUUAAUAGUAGUGAAUCAGACACUACACUUAAACGCCGCUCUACUUAUUCUGUUGAUGAACGCGCACUUUGUCUAGCAAGAUUCCAAAGACACUUAACAGAUUAUCUUUUUACAAGUGGUCAACCUUUAUCGGCUUUGAAAUUCGCUCAGGAGAAAGCCGAACUGGGUGAUCUAUGUAUGAUGGAAGUUUUUGAUGAAGCUGUGUCUAUUGAAAAGGCACUUUUAGAAGGAGAUACAGGUCCAGCAUUCUCUUGGUUGCAAGAAGCUAACUUCAAGUUGAAGAAAAACGAUUCGUAUUAUGAAUUUGAUCUUCGUGUAUUCGAGUUCUAUCUACUUGUCAAGCAAGGGAAACGAAUUGAAGCCAUCCAGCAUGCCAGAAAAUACAUGAAUUCAGUGAAACAAGCUGAUGAUUAUCGUGCCACAAAACUUGGUCAGGCGAUGAUUUUAUUGGCAAUGCGUACACCUGAAGAACUUCAGAAUAAGGCACAUCAGAAUAAGCUAACUGAGGAGUGGAUAGUUAAACGGACUCAUGAAGUACUUAUGGAAUUUUACGCUUACAAUAUUAACACCCCGUUUCAACUGGCUGUUAAUGCUGGAAUUACAGCAAUUAAAACUCAGUAUCCUUUUUUAUUCCAAAUAAACUAUCAGUUAUAUAAUUAUACAUUCAUACGUUACCUAUGUAGUAUUUUGCGAUGAACUCUUUACAAAAGUUAGAGCUAAUUGGCUUAUUUGUCAGCAAACCCGUUAUUCACAAGUAAAUACUUAGUCUAAAUGUUUUAGUUUAUUCUCCAUGGCAGAAAGGUGCCGACUGUAGUAACAUAUGUUCAUCUCUUAACAAUAGGUAAAUAACAUUAGUGCUUAUGAUGGUGGGUUACAGAUUCAAGUUCUAGUGAGACAACCAACAUUGGGAUGACCGUAUAUCUAGAUGGUAGAGGGCACAUCCUGGGUGCUCUUAUAAUUAUCCAAUAUACCACUAUUUGUUUGUCAAUUUAAUUUUGUCCAGUUAAACUGAGCAGCUCAGCUGUAACAUCUCUGACCAUGGCACCAGUUUGAAUCCCACAGAGAGCAUCAGUUUCUCGAAGAUAACAGGUAUUCCUUGUGGACGAGUACAGACAAGUGGGGAACCAAGAUCCAAACUUCCUUUCCGUUGCUUUUAAUUAUCUAACAUCAAAGUGUAUUCACCGAUCGCAAAAAUUUACAAACCUUUACCUCAAACACGUGUUGCUGAACGUAGUUGUCAUUAGACGUAAACAAUCCUUUUGAUGAUUGAACGCUGAUAGUCGUCUAACAUCCUCAACUCGGAGAGAUCAGGUCUUUCAAGGAUAGAGAGAAACUGCUCACUGACGCAUUGAUGACCCGACAUUUUUCAGUUAGACUAACGUCGUGUUGGCGCCAAAGAUGACUCAUUGACAGCACCCGCUCUGGUUUCCACGGUACAUAGAGUAAUCUUAUUACUCAUGCCACUACCAGCACUAACACAGAUACUCAGACUUUUCGAUUAACUCCAACUACUCGUCUUCAAGCGUGGUUGUAGACAUAGACUAUCCCUGUCUUGUGAAAUCACGUUGCAUUUAGAGGAUGCACAGUACAUCCCAUACCGGCGAGACUAUAAUUUAUGGACGAACCAAUCAGAUAUAAGAAUGACGAGUCGCGAAUUUUGGCGCGAAAUUCAUCUAUACAUUUAGCUAAAUAUAGUUUUGGCAUUAUAGCUUAUGUUUGUAUACAGAAGUCGAUGAACGUCUCAGGCACAUCCUUCUACAGACAAUCUCAGGGAACAGUCUAGUCCAACUAAUCAAGGCGACCCUGAUGUCAAGAAACACAUUGAUUAUUAUCGUGCAAUAAGUAUGGCAGAUCUCCAGAAGUUCCGUACGACCUUUUCCUCUUUAGACGAAUUAGUCUUCAUUGGCCUGGGUAAAGGAGAAAGUUUGACUAGUGUUGCUGGUUUGACAGACCAGCUGAACUGUCCCUCUAGGGCUUUUACCCGUCCUCCAAGACGUCACCAGAUGUUAUUGACUGGUGUCCCAUUAAAUUCAUAGAUUGUCUAACUCACACUAGGCCUCUUAUCUAAUAUAAUUAGUCUUUCCGUAUCAUUUAUAACUAAAUCAGGACGUCAUGCUUUCUAUAACCUUACAUCACUUCUUCUAGUUACUGUUACAACCCAAAUACUCAACAUCGAGACUGUGCUGUUUGUCAUCCAUUAAUCAACAUGUUGGCAGUGAAUUUACCAUUUGCUCGUCAUGAUCAUUCUAUAUUAACGUGUUACAAAACUGGUCUUCCUAUGAAUGAUGAAAAUCCCCCAAUGUCAUUACCAAAUGGUUAUGUUUACAGCCAAAAGGGUAUCGCUGAGUUAACACGUCCAGAUGGAACAAUAACAUGUCCUCGUUCAGGGAAAACAUUUGAAGCCUCAGAAGUUCAGAGAGUCUACAUAGUCUGAUUGCUUGACAGUUUUUCCGAUAUGCAUCCACCAUUACAUUGUUACCUUUUUUGUUCUUCAUUCAUAAUUUUCACUUCUCGCCAUCAGAAUAUCUUGUGGAUGAUCUUAUCUUUCAUCUUUUCGGUUGGUAAUUGUACAAAGUUCUUCCAUGUACACCGUCAAUAUUUACGACCGACAAAAUGAUUACUAUGAGUUGUAUACAUUAUAUUAACCUCAUUAAUAUGUAUUGUAAUUAUUGCAUACAACCUCAUACCAAAAAAUUUAAAUAAAGAUUGCCACUUCCUGAUUUUCGAGCAAAACUUAACAGUAAACAGUCUACUUGGAAAUUACGUCGAACAAGAUAAGGUAUCACAAUAACUAAUCGCAACUACGUUUUGAAAACUAAAAUCAUGUUAAGAUGGUCUUAUAACAUACUGAUGAUUAAGGCGAAUGAACUGCUAAUUUUUUAGUGGCAAAAACGCCUUAAUCUUAUAUGGAUAGAUUUCAGAGAGCAGGAUCAUUGACCAACCGACGGAGUAAAUACGAGAUUAAAAUUAUUUUCAUAUAGAAUAUAUUUAACCCAAAAUAGUGAUCUCAUCUAUAAAACCGUUACCGUACGCUAUCCAAGUCUAAGAGCAAUAAGCUCUUUCGCUUAACAAUAGGUGACAAAUGAAGGGGAAAUCAAUCUAAACCGAAUAACGAUGAAAAAUAAAGUUAUAAUGUUCGUUGUUACGACUAUCUGCAUAUGCUUAAAUGCAAGGCAAAGGGAGGGAUAAAUUAUGAAUUAAAAGACUAUCACUCUUCUUACACACAAUUCAUUAGAACACAUAAAUACUGGUACAAUGAGGAACCAGAUACAUAUGCGCCACACAAGUCUCACUUGAUUUGUAUGAGGGCUGUGAUACUACCCGGGUGCCCAAACGAAGCAAGCUGUUUUCUU